CUUCGUGGUUGCUGUUCCCUCUUCGUAGCCGCAAUUCCUCUUUCUUCACCAAAGAAGAGGUAACAGCGAUCCACACUUCCUUCGUUUUCGCAACGUCGUCGUUUUUGCUGCCACACCUAUACCCUUCAACAAAUCUACGAUUUUUCUUAUUCUCAUCGUCUCCAACGCGCUUCUGUGUGUUAGGGUUUGUGUCUGGGGUUUAGGAGAGCAUGGUGAAGGUUCAAGUAAGUAACAAGGAAGAGAGUCCCGUAAUGGAUAACGGUGGUUACAGUGAUUCGCAGUUAGUUCGUCACUUCAGAAGCGUACUUGAUGCAGUCACAACGGGUGAUAGAGGGAAUUACGAUGAGCUCGUUAGUUAUUUGCACCUGAAGAGGAAUCUUAGUCCUGAUGAGGUUGCGAUUCUUGUGACAACUUUGAAGGCACUUUCUGGAGCAGUGUCCUAUAUAGAUUCUGAUCAUCACGCAUCUCUUCUCUAUGCUGUUUCAAGGAUGAGUCUCUGGAAUUAUGGAACUGAGGUUAUGGAUGCACUGCUGGAACUCAUUACAUCUUUGGCUGUUUCUAAUGGGAAAUACAUUGAUUGGUGUUUGGAGAUGCUUGUGAAACAUUUUGUGCCCCCUUUUUACAUCUUUGAUUCUCUGCAAACCGAGAAUGGGAUUAACAAGAAAAAUAAAGUUCUGUCUCGCGUGCAUGCGGCUUUGAAAGAGAUAGCUGAUUUGGUGCCUCUUGCACCCUUAAGAUUAUGUCCAAUAGUUAUCCAGACCAUGCCCAGUGUCUUCAGUAAUGAACGGGAGAUUGUCAUAUAUGUUGAAAAUAUGUUAAAGUUGGAGAGUGGUGCAAUUGGAGAAACUGUCGGUUCUACAGUGCUGCUUGCUCUUGUGGAUAGGUUGCUAGAGUUGGAUGUGGAAAUUGGAUGGGAUGGAAUCUUGCAAGAAGAUACCAGAGGCAUAUUUGAUAUGGAGUUAGAAGAUAUUAUUAAAUUUGCAGACGAGGAUGAGAACACUCAUAGUAUGCCUCAGUCAGAAUUGUUAAAUAGGAAAAAUUUGCAAGGCAAUAAGGUUGUUGAAAAAUUAGAUAAUCUGGUUGUGCUAGCUUUAUUGCACCUUGAAUCCUGUCAAAGCAGUGGCCGUUUGGCUGAGGUAUUCGAUAUUCUACUUCAUUCAUUCCAGAAAACAGUACUUAAUGCGUACAAGUCAAAAUUUACCCAGUUUGUGAUGUUCUAUGCGUGUGCACUGGACCCUGAAGGAUGUGGGGUGAAAUUUGCCAUGGUUCUGGCAGAUAUGUUUGGUUCUGAUGUUAAUCCACCUAUAACAAGGAUGAGUGCCGUUGCUUAUCUUGCUAGUUAUCUCUCUCGUGCAAAGUUCCUUUCGGCUGCAUUGGUCACUACCAUCAUACAAAGCUUGGUUGAUCAGUGUUAUGCUUAUUGUAAGUUACGUGAUUCUGAUAUGAACCCACGAGCACAUCAAGUUUUUUAUUCUGGGUGUCAGGCAAUCAUGUACAUUAUGUGUUUUCGCAUGAGAUCUCUCAUGGACGUUCCUAGGCUUAGAUUGCAACUACUUAAUAUGCCUAUGGAGGCAAUCUGGAAACAUAAAUUGUGUCCGUUGAAGGUGUGUUUGCCUACUGUAGUAGUGGAAUUUCUUAGACAGGCAAAGGCUGCUAAACUUUUCAUGGCAUCAGAAUCAUUCGUUUUCAAUGACAUGCUCGAGUCUGAUCUUUCCAAGGCUUUUGGUGGGAUGGAUAGACUUGACAUGUUCUUUCCGUUUGAUCCAUGUCUAUUGAAGAAAAGUGAAAGCUACAUAAGACCACAUUUUGUUCGGUGGUCAAAAGUCAGAACUACAUACGAUGACGAUGAUGAUAACGUUUCCGAAGUCAGUGAGAGUGGCAGUGAAUUGACAGAUGAUGAUUUUGUUGACACUAAUACAAAAGAUAUGAUUGAUGAUGAUAUGAUGGUGACAGUUGAAGAUCUUGAUUUUAACCCGGACUUGAACAAAAUGUCUAUCACGCCUAAAAAUUCUUUGAAACAUUUGCGAAUGCCAGCAAGAAUUAGGCCUUCCACUAGUCCAGAGUCUCUGUGAUAGGAAUCCAAUAGUACGAGGAAGUUCAUUCAGAGGAAAAAGGUUAUUGAAGUAAUUCAUAGAGAGCAUAGUUAACAUACGUACUGGUCAUGUACCAUCAUUUUUUGUAUUUAUCCUGUACUCUGUUGAAGUAGGAGUAGCCAACUUUCUAAGUUUUGUUUCUAAGAUUUGUUCCUUUAUGCUAUCUUGUAAUUAUAAUUUAUGUGGAGGAUAUGCUACAUGAAAUUCAGUAAUUCUUAGAUAAUUUGUCACUUUGGCUAGUA